CUUACGUCCUCGUCGUGGGAGAUGGGCAACAGAGUAAUUGUACUCUGGCAGAUAGGGCAAUGGUUGUACUCUUGAUGUCUGCACUGAUACAGCGACAAGUUAUCGAGUACAUAGUAUAGUAUCAAUAAAUCUACGACAGUUCCUACAGAGAACUYUGAUUGAUUAUCAUCUUCUGCGARCAACAUAGACUCAAAACUACAACAUCAACAAACUUAUUAUUAUUCAUUACCUAUUAUUAUAAUUAUUUAUUUAUWAACCAAUCUAUUGAUAUGACUAAGAAGACCAAGAAGAACUUUACAAAGAAAUUUAAAACUUGGAAAAUAGGAACAAUCAAUAUCCGUACAGGAAAAGAAGCAGGGAAACUCUACUCUGUAACAAAAGAGGUUCACAGAGCAGGUCUAGACAUAUGUGGCCUACAGGAAGUCCGUCAAUUAAAAUCUGGGACUGAAACCAUAGACAUUGAUGAACACAGCAAAUAUGAACUCCAUUGGUCUGGAUACAUCACCAAACGAGAAGCUGGUGUAGGCAUACUGAUUAGAGUAUGCCCAGAUAUUAUUGUUGAGGAAAUUAACUACAUCAAUGCCAGAUUAUUGACUGCUGCCAUCAUAUACUAUGGAUACCGACUCAAGAUCAUUGUUGCAUAUGCCCCUCCAAACUGUGAAAAUGAAAUGAAUACAAGAACUCACCAAAAGAACUUAUUCUACAACRAUCUACACAAAUAUACUGUACGUGACCAUAAACAUCAAAAGAUUGUGAUCCUAGCUGAUAUGAACGCUACAACUGAUUUAGCUCUGAAGAAGUCAAGAUUUGAUGGUAGUGAUAUUAACAGCAAUUACAUCGAUCAUAUCARCAAUGACAAUGGUGAGAGAUUAAUAAACUACUGCAAAACCCAUGGCUUGUGUAUAAGUAACACUUUCUUCAAACAUCGAAACAUCCAUCGUUACAGCUGGUACUCAGGUACUGGCAUACGUAAAGUCCUAGAUUAUAUUCUUGCAGAUAAACAUCUUCAAGAAUGCAUGACAGAUUGUAGAAUACGACGUGGAUAUGAUUUCAAUACAGAUCACAAACUACUGGUUGCAACUCUACGAACACCAUGCAACAAAGCAGCAAGAUACAAACAUCGCAAGACUCCACUACCGAGAACCAAGAAAGUUGAUCUCAAAAUGCUUCUUAUACCAAAGAUMCAAGAUGAAUAUACAAGACAUGUGAACUCUGAGUUAGAACUAACAUCAACCCAAAUUACUGUACAAGAUAUGUCAGACCAUCUCAUUAAAACCCUGAAAGAAAUAUCUGAAAAGGUGUUACCAUUGAAGAAUCAAAAACAGCCUAAACAAAACGUUCUAUUUAAGAAUGAUACAGAAUUGAAUACUCUUCUAGAUCAAAGAGCCCAGUCACAUUGGCCAAGAGAGUCCAAAGAAUACAAGAWACUUACAAAGAAAAUUAAAAAACGUAUCAAAUACCUAAAAAAUGAACGUUUAAAAUUAGAAGCUGACUCCAUCAAUCAAUUUGCAGCAAAACGURAAAUUGAAGAUCUUUUCAGGGCAGCUAAAGAUAACACCAUUUUUAAGAAAACAAAGACCACAAUCAAAUGCUCACCAACUAAACUGACAACAUUCUUCAAAGACCACUUUAAUCCUGUAAUACCAACAAGUGAACCAAUGGAACGRACACACCAUCCAAGUUUCAUUACAGAACUCCAAAGGAUAACAGAGGAUAUAGAAAUCAACAAUGAGCCACCAACAACUACUGAAAUAAAAGAAACCAUCAAGUCACUGAAGAACAAAAAAGCUGCCAAUGAUAUAAAUGCUGAAUUGAUAAAAUAUGCAGCCGAAUCACCCAAACUAGUACAAGAACUUAAACAACUAAUUGAUAUAAUCUGGAACACAAAGACAACACCAAGAAGUUUUAGCCACAGUAGACUAAUGGCUUUAUGGAAAGGUCCAGAAAAAGGUCCAGCUAAAGAUCCAGGAUCCUAUAGAGGACUACAGAUUGGUUCAACCCUAUGCAAGAUCAUUGUAAUGAUAAUCCUAUCCAGGUUAAAGGAAUGGUAUAACCAGCAGCUUUCCUGCCACCAACAAGGCUUUAGACAAGGACAUGGCACUGCUGACGGAAUCUACAUCACAAAGAGAGUACAACAAAUCUCAGAUCAAACGCAGUUACCAAUAUUUGUACUGUUUAUUGAUCUUACAGCAGCAUUUGAUCAUAUUAUCAGAAAAUGGGUAUUUCAAUCAAUCUACAUGCGCUUCCCAGAUGAUGCAAACACAACCUGCAUACAGAUCCUUGAAGCCAUAUAUGAACAUACAACAACAGCACUGUCUGAAACACCUGAUGACAUAUUUACAACCAGCUCUGGARUGAGGCAGGGUGGUCCAGAAAGUCCAUGCCUAUUCAACCUGAUGAUGGAUUUUGUGAUGCGAAUUUACAUCGAUGAGUGUAAAAAGGCAAACCUCAAAUUUGUAGAAUUUAAAUACAGAGUAAGAUCAACCGCCACUGCUAGGGAAUCUAGAGGCCAAAARACAUACAUGGGAACAAAUACAAAUAGCUGGGUCGGAUAUGCUGAUGAUAUCGCAUUAUUUGUCCUUAAUAAAGACACUCUAMAAAAAGCCCUUGACCUACUCGACAAGACUCUAGAUCUAUUCAACUUAAAGAUCAAUGCUAAAAAGACCAAAUCUAUGAUUUUCAACUACAAGUAUCUGCAGACCACAAAUCCUUACCCAAGCUCGAUUGUGAAGCUUCACAAUGUAGACAUCAUGAACGUAGAGACCUUCAGAUACUUGGGAAGCGACAUUAGAUACGAUGAACCAACAACAGGCAAUGCAGAAAUCACACUUCGUAUAAAUCUUGCAGAAGCGAAAUUUCAAGAACUAAAACCAAAGCUUCUGAACUUUAAAAUCAGCCUAACAAUACGAAUGUUAUUUCUAAACACAUUUGUAAGAAGCCGACUAACAUACGCAGCUCAAACAUGGAAUUUAAACAUCGCCCAAACAAAUAUAGUUGACAGCUGUUAUUAUGGCAUGCUAAGGAGAAUGAUCAAGAAUGGAUUCGCCAGAAAAGAUGGAAAACAACACAGAACAACUGAUGAUGACGAUGAUGACGACUACCAAAAUACCGAAUUCAGAUAUCUCUAUACAAACAACGACCUAUUACGCAUCUGCAAAACAACAUCGAUAACAGAAUAUAUAACUACACUGCAAGCAAGAUAUGUAGCUCAUAUUGCUAGACGAUCCAAUCUGGAUAAAUCAAAACAGCUCCUAUUCAAUGUGGAUAGAAGUACGAAAAAAGGAAGACCAACUGAAACUCUUGAACAGAAAGUCCUUAAAGAACUUAACAUGACAGCAGACGAGUUCUACAAACAAGCACUGAAAGGAACUUUGUAGAUGAGAUCCUAAGCUAAGGAUCACUCUAAGUCUACCAGAGUAGACACGAGCUAAACAAUAU